CUUCCGUCGUCAUCUCGGGAGAUUGAAUUUUACAUCAGGCCAGAGACUUGUAUUUAAUUAUAGAUAACACAGCACAAAACUUUGCCAACUAGACGGUCAAAAUGGGAACUGAUGCAGUUGCAGCCAAAGAAAAUAUCCAUGGUACAAUGUUGCGAAUACACUUCGCGAAAAUUGCAUACGUGACCGUAUCGUUACCGGCUUUCUCCCUGCUCUUCUGCUUUCUAUCGGGAGUCCUGUUCCGAUUUUACGAUGUUAACGAAACAGUUUGCAAAGCGACAAAUGUGAUACCAUCCAUCAGUGCUGUGACCGGAAUCUUACCCCAGGCAUAUGUAUGGCGGAUCUGUAUCGGCCUCCAUGCCACACCAAGGUUUGCAGUUGGCAUCAUGUACUACAAUUACUACAUGGAACGACUACGAAACAUCAGUCCCCAGUAUCAAACCCUCUACCGCAACCUGAUCCGCCUCAAUUUCUGGCUUUACACUAUAGAAAAUUCCUGUCUAGUUGGAGUAACCUACAUCUCCAACAAAGAGAAUUAUCCCAUCCAUGAGAAGAUCUUCAUAGUGUUUAUGGUUGCAUGUAACUGCUACAUGUUGCUUAAUACAAUUAUAUAUCGGUGGUCAAGGGAGGCAACCAUGUCCCCUUCUGAGCAGCUGUCAUACAGAAUAAAGAAAUGGAUGUUUAUUGCAAUAAUAUCAGCAACUGGUGGACUUAUCAUUUUCUUUAUUAGACACCGGUUUUUCUGCAUCCCGUUUGCCUUCAGCUAUUUUUCAGCCUGUGAGUAUGUUAUAGCCUACACGAAUAUGACAUACCAUCUAAGUGGAUAUUUGGAGUUUCAAGACUAUUACUUUAUUGCUGCUCUUGUAAGCCCUGCCACAGAAACAAGAAAUGGUGAUGUCAUAACACCGCUAGAUGGAUCGCCAAGGAAACCACUGUUACGGAGGCGGACAGGGGAUAACUCUCUAUAAUGACAAUAUGUUUUAGGACAGACAUUUUAUAAUUCCAAUUUUCUUUAUAAGCACUUUUUAUAUGAAUCACCUGUUCAUGUUAAGACUUGAAUCACACUUCAUAUCAAUUGUUGUUACAGUGAGUUUUGGUACAACUCUUUGUCCAUAGCAUAUGAAAGUGGACAGGCAUAUGUGCAUAUUUGCCUAAUGUAUGUGAUAGUGAACAGGCAUAUGUGCAUAUUUGCCUAAGGUAUGUGAUUUUGGACAGGCAUAUGUGCAUAUUUGCCUAGGCAAUAAUUAGAUUUCUCUUUUUGAACAAUUUUGCAUAAUUAUUCAUAAAAUCUCUUUUCAACGUUUUUUUUAAAAAUCCUUUGAGAUGAACACUGAUUUUUAGUUCACAUGCCCAAAAGGCAAGUGAGCUUAUGCCGUGAUCUGGUGUCUGUGUCCGUCCGUCGUAUAUAUGGGGUCAACUUUUUUGUUCAUCUGAGAUUUCUGAAGUGACCUAAUCUAAUCGCCUUUUGUCGGUCAUCGUGUGUUGUCUGUAAACAAUAUACAUUUUUGACUUCUCCUCCAAAACUGCUGAACCAAAUUCAAUGAAAUUUGGCAGGAAGCUUCUAUGACUAAAGUUCAACCAAAAUUGUGAGUUAUAUGGUCCCCACCUCCGAGGGGCCUGAGGGGCAGGGCCAAAAGGGUCAAUUUAACUAAAACAGAUAUGGUCGAAUCAAACACUCUUCAUAGAUUUAAGGAUCUUAAGAUGCUUUACCAAAAUUGUGAAUUCAUGACCUUGGGGUCUCACGUUUGCCCCUGGAGAGGGGGUGAACUUUACUAUUAUAGUUUAUAUAGAGAAAUCACAGUUUUGACUAUUAUUUGUUUGAUUUCUAUUGGAAUUCAUUCUAACUUGGUUAACAUUAUCAGCUUGGCAUCUGAUGAAAGUUUGUUGGUGUGCACAUGUUGGCCCUGACUGGGUUUGUUGGUAUGCACAUGUUGGCCCUGACUGACCAGGGGCUGAUGGGGGUGGCUAAAAAGGGCCAAAUUGACUGAAAUU